GAUAAAAACAUGGCUAAGUUUAUAAGGUUUUGUUUGUUUUUCAUGAUGUUAACAAUUAGUUCAGUAGUAGGAGAUGGCGAUUAUGCAUACGAUUACGAUGAUGCAUAUGCCCCAGCGCCAGCAUCGAUACCGGCAUCGACUUCAGCGGUACCAGCGGUACCAGCGCCACCACCGGCAUCGACUUCAGCGGUACCAGCGGUACCAGCGCCACCACCGGCAUCGACGUCACCGGUACCAGCGCCACCACCGGCAUCGACGUCACCGGUACCAGCGCCACCACCGGCUGUGGUACCAGCUUUGUUUGCUUUCGGAGACUCAUUGAUAGAUAGUGGAAACAACAACCAGCUUUUCUCAUUUGCCAAAGCCAAUUAUUUGCCUUAUGGCAUUGAUGUUGGUGGCCCUACUGGACGCUUCUCUAAUGGCUACACCAUCCUUGAUCAGAUCGGUGUGCUUCUGGGAUUGCCUCUGCUUCCAUCAUAUUCAGAGGAGUUCAACGUGGAUACAAUGCGUUUCGGAGUGAACUAUGCCUCUGCUGCUGCUGGUAUCCUUGAUGUUACUGGUUUUCACUUUGUGGAACGAAUCCCAUUCAGUUAUCAAAUAAAAAACUUUGAGAACACGUUGGUAAAUUUGAUAAAAAAUAUGAGUGCACCCAUUGUGAAAGAGGCAAUUCCCAAGUGCAUCUUCUUUGUGGGUAUGGGAAACAAUGAUUACCUCAACAAUUACAUUAUGCCUGUCUACUUUACUCAAGAUCAAUACUCUCCUCAAAAGUUUGCUGAAUUACUCGUUCAUCAGUACAAAGCUCAAUUAACAAAAUUGUACGAUCUUGGAGCACGGAAAUUUAUUAUUACUGGGAUUGGACAAAUGGGUUGCAUCCCAAGCAUGCUAGCAGAAACUUCACGUGGUGGAUGUUCAGAAUCUGUAAACGAAAUGGUGCAUCCAUUCAAUUCAAAACUAAGGACAAUGAUCAUGAAACUGAACAAGGAUCUGGCUGGUGCACACUUCAUAUUCCUUGAUAUGGAAUAUAUGUUUAAGGAUAUCUUUAAAAACCACAAGGCGUAUGGGUUUAGUGUGAUAGACCGUGGAUGUUGUGGUCUAGGGAAAAACCAAGGGGAAGUAACUUGUCUUCCAUUUGAAAUACCAUGUGCAAACAGAGAUGAGUACUUAUUUUGGGAUGCAUAUCACCCCACAUCUGCAGUAAAUCUCUUGCUUGGAAGAAUGGCUUUCUAUAAUGAUGCCAACUAUUCUUAUCCUAUCAAUAUUCAGCACCUUGCUCUUAUCUGAUCUCAGAUGGAACUUCUACAUUACAUGAUCCGUCUUCCUUGUUAACUUACAUUUAUUAUCAGUUAUGAUGAAUUACAAUAAUUUAUGAAUAUCUUUCUUCC